CAUAAAUAGUUUUGGUGUACAAUAUAGUUUUAAAAUAAAUAGUGAAAUAAAUAGUUUUGGUAUACAAUAUAGUUUUGUAGUUUGGAUUGUGUGCUACUGAUAUAGUUUGAUACUGUUUACCUACUGUUCAUGUAAAGAUGGUUUGGAAUCUUGUCUUAAUAAAAUGAAAUCAAUUUUUGGUACCGUUAUCUUGCUAUGUCUUUGUGUACAGAAUGUUUUUACACUGAUUUGUUAUACAGAAUAUCCUAGCAAAACAGAAGUUUGUGAAUCUAACCAUAAAUGUCAAGUGCAUUUGUUAUAUGAACGGAAAAGCAUUAACGAAUCUUUUGGUUCUCCAAAUAUUAUACGGAAGUGUGCUCGUGAGGAAGAAUGUCAAAUUUCUAAUAUGGAUAAGGAUAACUGUAUUCCAAGUUCUAUGGAAAAGAAUUGCAUUACUUGUUGCAAUCAAGAUAAAUGCAAUACCCAAUAUACUGUGAGCGGCGAUAAAAUUGUCUCAUCAUCCAAGGUCAUAAUUUCGCUUACUUUUCUUGUUUAUUAUGUGUUCCAAACACUUUAAACGCAUUUUUGUUAUAUUUACAGUUUUAAAAAUGAUUGAACUAGUAUAAAUGAACAUGGGUAUAUUUAAAACAAUUAUGAAAAUACUGACAAUUUAUAAAUAUAUAAUAUGUAUAAAUAUAUAAUAUAAAUAAAUAUGUAAUAUAUAUAUAUAUAUUUAUAAAUAUAUAAUAUAAAUAAAUAUG